AUGAGAGUAGGUAUACUUCUACUGAUUUCCUUCGUGUUCUUUCAAAAAGCUUCAACAUCUACAUUUAUGAUAACUUGGGGAAAAUUGGUAGAUUCUAGUGGAUGUGAGGAAGUUCUUCAGACUGAUGAUUGUUUUGGAACCUGUGAGAAUGAAACUAGUUGUUUGGUGAGUUAUAGAAUAUUGAUCAUGUUAGCUUUAACUAUUCUCUACCUAACAGAUUGCUCAUGUGAAUGAAACAAUUUGUUACAAUUGUGGAUCUUUGUUCUCUUCCAAAAUUCAAAGUUUGGAUAAAUCUCAAGCAAAUGGAAAUAAAGUUGGUUUCAAAGCUGUGGAAAAUAAUGAAUGUCCUGCUUCUCCAAAUUCUUCAUUUGUGUUAGAAGAUUAUAAUUUGGUAUAUUCUGAAGGUUAUUGGCAACUUGAAUCAAAUACUGUAACUACAACAACUACAGAAACUACUGUAACUACAGUGCAAAUAACGUGUAAUGGAAAAAUAUUCAAUCGAAAAAAUGGCAAUUGGUGUAUGAGAUAUUUAUAUGACGGGAGGAGUUGAAUUUGAUGAAUCCCAAACUCGUUGCGCAUGAUAUUCAAUAUCGCCAACGGAACGCUCUCCGGAAUUGAAUCAUCUGAAGAGUGGCAAUAUAUCGUUGGUUAGUCACUAGAAAUCUGAACACGCAUUGAAAUAAACCUAACAAGGGAACCUUUUUUACUCCACACUUCAAAUCAUGAUGAAAUUUGGUCCAUGGACAGCUUUUGGGACCAUUAGAACACCCUAAAAAUUUUAGUCUCUCAAUGGACCUCUGAGCCAAGUUCUGGGCUCUCAAAAACUCAAAAAAGACCUAAAAAUGGUCAAAAAAGUCAUCAUAGCUUAAUUUCAAAAUUUUUUUUGGAGAAAUAAAGUUUCAGAUAUUGAUCAGCAUAGUCGAUUACCUAAAAGUACAUCAAUAAAAAAUAUUUUUUCGAAAAAUUUUGAAGUUUUUUAUUUUUGGUCUGAAAAUUCAUGAAAAUUCGUAUGUGCCCCUGCUCAUUCUUUUUUCCAAAAUCAAAAUUUUUUCUGAAAAUUUGCUUUAUUGAUGGUUUUUGGGUAAAUCGACAACGCUGAUCAUCAUCUGCUACUCAGUUUUUCAUAAAAUUGAUCGAGAAUUGAGUUAUGACGUAUUUCAUGAGCCAAUUUUCGCAAUUGUUGAACUUUUGAGAGCCCAAAAUUUGGCUCAGAGGUCCAUUGGGAGACUAAAAUUUUUAGGAUGUUCUUAUGACCCCAAAAGCUAUCUAUGGACAAAAUUUCAUCAUGAUUUGAAGUGUUGAGUGAAAAAGGUUCCCUUGUAAAUGUUUUCACAUGAUUACCAAUUUCAGGCACAAACCGAAUGAAUUCAAUUGAUGUUCGUUGUUCGGAGUCCGCUGUGUGGAUUGGUAUGAAGAGACGAUCAGAAUGUGUUGGAGACAAUUGGAAUUCAACCGAUGUAUGUACUUCUAAUGGUUAUGAAUGGACUGAUAAUUUUACAACUGGAACGGAUAUGAUGAACAAUUGGUUUAAAAAUGAAUCGGAUUAUUCUGAGUGAGCAUUGAAAACCCAAAAGAGCCGUGGAAGAGAAAAGAGAAAUGUUUGGUUUUCUAGGCCAUAUUGGUUCUCUUCCAAAAUUUCGGACUUUAAAUUAAUUUUUUAGUGAGAAGAGAUGCGUCGUAUUGAUGUUGGAUAUAGAUAACUCGAUUUCUGGACUCGAUAAUGUCAAUUGUGAUGAUUUGUCGACGAGGGACCAACAUAGUGUUUGUGGACACAAAAUGUGA